UGCCAACAGAAGUCCCUCCGCGACCUUGGCACACUGUGGGAACCGACCUGUUUUACCUCGAUGGAUCCGAGUACCAACUCGUCGCAGAUUAUUACUCCAAAUUCCCUUUUGUCAGAAAGAUUCCGCAAGGCAAGAGUACCAGUGAAACAGUAAUUGGUCUAUUGAAGCAAAUCUUCAGUGAACACGGUGUUCCACAAGUAGAUCUGACAACGGCCCUCAAUAUGACAGCCAAAGCUUCACCAAGUUCGCACAACAGUAUGGCUUCAAACACGUGACGAGUUCCCCACACUUUCCGUCAAGCAAUGGGUUCAUGGAAUCUCAGGUCAAGACAACCAAGAAAACCCUGAAAAAGGCUAAAGAAACAAGUACGGAUCCUCACAUUGCACUUAUGUGUUUGAGAAGUACCCCUAUUGACAGCAAGCUACAAUCACCAGCUGAGCUACUUCUCGGAAGAGCAAUACAGGACAAUCUAACGAGAAGAAUCCAAAGAUCUAAUAACAGUGACGAUGUCAUAGACAGACUGCAAUACAGACAAGAGCAACAG